UAUGGUCAUAAACCUAUGAAUCUUCACCAAAACAAAAAUAAUUAAAAAUCUUGUCUAUGAUUUAAAAAAGUGUGAACAAGUGUGAAUAUUAUUUUUUAAAGACGGUAUGAGUAUUUAAAAACUCACAAUCAUGGGUAUCUUAGAUAAAAUAUCAGAAAUAGAAAAAGAAAUUUCAAGGACUCAGAAAAAUAAAGCUACAGAGUAUCAUCUUGGCUUAUUAAAGGCAAAAUUGGCAAAAUAUCGGUCUCAGCUACUGGAACCCUCAAAAAAAUCAGAAAAAGGUGAUGGUUUUGAUGUUCUUAAAAGUGGAGAUGCCAGAGUGGCUUUAAUUGGUUUUCCAUCAGUUGGAAAGUCUACUCUUUUGUCAACCUUAACAAAAACUGAAAGCGAAGCUGCAUCUUACGAAUUUACAACAUUAACAUGUAUUCCUGGAGUUAUAGAAUACAAUGGGGCUAAUAUUCAGCUAUUAGAUUUACCUGGAAUUAUUGAAGGUGCAUCACAAGGAAAAGGAAGAGGAAGGCAAGUUAUUGCUGUUGCUAGAACAGCCGACUUAGUUCUAAUGAUGCUUGAUGCUACCAAACAAGAUGUGCAAAGGCAGCUUUUAGAAAAGGAACUGGAAAGUGUGGGAAUCAGGUUAAAUAAACAAAAGCCAAAUAUUUACUUCAAGAUCAAAAAGGGUGGUGGUAUCUCUUUCAAUUCAACAUGUCCAUUAACUAAGAUUGAUGAAAAACUAGUUCAAAUGAUUCUUCAUGAGUAUAAAAUUUUCAAUGCAGAAGUUUUAUUUAGAGAAGACUGUACUGCUGAUGAACUGAUCGAUGUAAUAUGUGCAAAUCGUGUUUAUCUUCCUUGUCUUUAUGUCUACAACAAAAUCGAUCAAAUUUCUAUCGAAGAAGUUAAUAGAAUCGCAAGACAAGCACACAGUGUAGUUGUGAGUUGUAACAUGAAAUUAAAUCUGGACUAUUUACUAGAAGUGUUAUGGGAAUAUUUAUCUUUAAUACGAGUCUACACAAAGAAGCCUGGUCAACCUCCUGAUUUUGCUGAUGGGUUAAUUUUGAGAAAAGGUGUUAGUGUUGAGCAUGUGUGCCAUGCCAUUCAUCGAAACUUAGUUCAGGCUUUUAAAUACGCUCUCGUUUGGGGUACUAGUACUAAAUAUUCACCCCAAAGAGUUGGUAUAUCACACAUCAUGCAUGAUGAAGAUGUUAUUCAAGUUGUAAAAAAAUAAUAUUGUUACAAAUAUAUUAAUUUGAUACACCAUCUGCUUCUGUGUAUGUUAACUUGAUUAUUCUUACUGCUUUAUAUUUCAAUAAAGGAAAAUUUUUAAAUGAAAUGUAUUUUAAAACAUAAA